UAUCAGAAAACGUCUCCCUUCAGUUCUCUGUCGCACAGCAGAAUCAGUAAGCGCUGCUCCCAGUGUGAAGAGAAAGUAGAUUAUUUAGCCAUAAGAACAGAGAAAAGAUCUCACCAGACAAGGAAAGAAAUCUGGAACCAAGGUAUAGUUUUGCGAGCUCAUCCUUUCACAUAAAUAUCAAGGUAAAACAAGAUGCCAGCCAACGAGAGUGCUUGGUGGAUAAAGCUUCAUUCUUGUAAGAAAAAGAAACUAUUUCUGUCUUUGGCAAUGAUCUUGGCCAUUCUAUGCAAAGGAAUCAGAAGUCAAGAAGCAAGGGAUUAUAGUAUCACUGUGCCUUCUUCUGUCUCCGUGCAACGUGGUCUCGCUGUUCAUAUUCCGUGCCAGUUCACUUAUAAUUCGGAACACAUGUCGUGGCAAGAGAGUAUAACUGCUUACUGGAUUAAAUCUCAGCCACAAGUAUCCCCCUGUUCUCCAUCGCUUUCUCAUACCUGCAGGCCUGUGGCUACCAAUGACAAAAGCAAGACAGUCAAACAUUCGGCCAAGGAUCGCUUCUAUUUAUUAGGAGAUUCAAUUAAAGGAAAUUGCUCACUUGUCAUCACGGAGGCUCAAAUAGAAGAUGAAGGGCAAUACUACUUGAGAAUUGAGGGAAAACAUAGAUUAAAAUUUUCUUUUGUCCCAGAAAUGGGACAUACUUCACCUUAUGUUUAUGUGAUAGAACCACCCCAGAAAAUCAAUAUCACAGUAAACACGAUGGACUCAGGACACUAUGGCUCAUCAGAAUGGCAAAGGAGAGAGGGAUUGGACCAUGUGAUGGCCCAGGAAGGAAGCACUGUCAACCUAGCCUGUACUGCUGAUGGUAGACCAACUCCCAGCCUAUCCUGGAUGAAGGGGAACGAGAAAAUUGGUCAAGCCAAGGAUUACCUUCAACUGAGUGAAAUUGGACCAGAGGAUGCUGGAAAAUAUCAGUGCCUGGCAAAUAAUGAGUACGGAUCAGUCAAGACGAUGGUUGAAGUGAUUGUCCAAUAUCGUCCAAGGAUGCUGAUCUUCAAGACCUCCCAAACUCACAGGAGAGGCUCCAUACUCACCCAAGGUUGCUCCGGGGAACUGGCCAAUGGCUCUGAGUUGACAGCCCAAGAAGGUGACUCGCUGGAGCUAUUCUGCAAAGCAGAUAGCAAUCCUCCAGCCACAGCUAGUUGGAUGAAAGGCGACAGCCACUUGCAGAACCCUCCAGAAAACCAGUUGAGACUGACCAAUCUGACAGUUGAAGAUGAGGGUGUGUAUAUGUGCAAAGUCACAAACUCGAUUGGCUUUGUUAACGGGACGUUCCGGCUCUACGUGACAUAUGCCCCCAAAGUCAGCAGAAGCCCCCAGAAAAAUACAACAUGUUAUUAUCACGACAGCGGUUUCCUGUGUAGCUGUACCCUGCAUGCUAAACCAUCUCCCCAGAUUGAAUGGGAAGUGGAUGGGGAGAGGAUAACCAGGAGAAGAGGAAACUGGAUAGUCCAAGCUUCAGUCCAGACGAAUGAGGUCACCAGUACCUUAAACUGGACUGGCAGCCUGGACAGAGCUCAUAAUAUUAUCUGCAUAGGGAGCAAUUCUUAUGGAAUCCAAAUCAUGCAAUUCCAGUUGAGUGCCAAGACAGGCCCAACUUCAGAAUCGUCCACAGAAAGAUCUAAUAAGGCUUUGUUCAUUGCCGGGCUCUGUGGAAUUUUUCUGGGAACUGGAAUCUUCAUGGUGUGUUUAUUCCUGAUCAGGAUUUUUAAGCAGAAGAAAGCAUUGUCCAAAGCUGCUCAUGUUGAAGGAACCUCUUCUGAAAGAGAACCUCAUGAGAAACCCAAGAAUUCCAGCCAAAUCUACAGCAACAUUUUCCCAACGGGUCUGAGAUUAUCCCUGGUCAAUAAGCCCACUGUUCCAAGCCCAAAGAGAAUAGACCCAGAUGAACUGCAGUAUGCUGCCCUAGAGUUCAAGCCAAAAAGUAAAGGCGUUCCAGUCUUAAGAAAUGACAAUGUGGAAUAUUCAACAGUCCAAAUAAAACAACUGGCUAACAGGAUUCACACAAACAAAGGGUGCCCUGAGGUCCGACUCAGCAUCAUCUCCAACCUGGACUGUGUGAAUGAAGUGAUCGGCAUCCGGCAGUUGUCUCAGUCUCUGCUGCCAGCAAUUGGUGUGAUACUUGACAAAGUGGAAGGGUAUGACCUGAAAGCUCCUGAUCAUGUAUUGGUAGAGGAAGGACUCUGUGCCAUUAUUCCCUGCAAUUUCACUUAUAAUAAAGCUCAUGCCAAGGACAGUGCAAUAUUGUAUGGAUAUUGGAAGAAAGGAACACACAAUGAUAAUGCUAACGAAGUGGUCAACUCUUAUGAACAGUGGGCUAAGAAACGCUUUCAACUCAUUGGGGAUGUGAGUGCAGGAAACUGUUCUCUCCUCAUCUUGAACGCCCAAAAAUCUGAUACAGGGAAGUAUUUUUUCAGAAUGGAAAAACAGGAUAAAGCAUUUUUUAGCUUUUACAGCUACGCUAAUCCAUACCUGAACGUGACAGAAAAACAACCACCAGAAAUACAGAUAUUGGGGAAAGUGCGGGCAGGAAAUCAUACAAACAUCACCUGUGCAACCUUCGCAAGUUGUAGUCGGAUGCCUCCAAAAUUCACCUGGAGUGGCUUUCCCAAACCUAUCAACCCUCAUCUGCAGUUGAACGGGAUCCAGAUUUACAGCACAGUGCUGAAUUUCUUACCUUCAGUUGCAGACCACCAGCGGAAUCUCACCUGCAGGGUCAACUAUGCAAAUGAGAGGAAUGUUUUUCUUAGAGAGAAAACUAUCCAACUGAAUGUUGCCUUCCCACCACAGAUGGUAGUGAUCGAGGGGGAACAUUUUAACUCCAGUAACAGUCUGGGAAACUUCACAAACAUUUCUCGGCUCAUGGUACAAAAAGGGGAUCGCAUCUGGCUAUUCUGCGAGGCAAAGGGCAACCCUUCGCCCAACGUGACUUGGAUUAAGGGAACCCAAGUGUUGGAGAGUCCAUCCCGAGCCUUGAAUGACUUGAAGCUUUCCGAUCUUAAGGCAAAGGAUGCUGGGAAGUACACAUGCCGGGCAGCCAAUGCUGAAGGCUCUGCUGAAGCGUUCCUCGAACUCUCCGUGAUAGACCCAGAUACACACUUGCUUCUUAUAGCGACUGGCGCCCUCGUUAUGCUUGCUGUUAUCGUGCUAAUCGUUGGGACCAUCCUUGCUUCUAAAAGAUACUGGAGGAAGAGAAAAAUGGUGACUGACUCAGAAACGGGAAAUACCUUAGUGAAUGUCACGGAACCCAGCGCUCCGGACCUCGCUGCACAGGAAGUGAGUGGCAUGCCCUCCAAACAAAGAAGCCUCAAGGAAUCUGUUGAUAGAGAUCCCAGAGACCCUGAAGAAAUCCAUUAUGCGACUCUUACAUUCAAUAAACGAAAUCCUAAACCAGAUAUAACUGCGGAAGACAUCCAAACGGAUUAUGCUGAAAUCAGACCUUACAAUUCUCAGGGAAAAGAAGGGUGAAGGUUUAAAGGGACACACCCCUGUUCUGAUCAGCAGCCAAGUCCUUGGAAGAUGCCAGAUCUUGUUUACACUCCACCACCUUGUCUCGUCUCUGUAUCCUCUUUGGAGAUAGGAACUGCCUAUCCAGCUGUUAAGUCCGAAAAGCACCGCAGGACCAGGGAAGCAAGACUCACUUGGAAUUUCAUGAAUCAAGUUUAAGAUCAAGAACUAAAGGGCUAAGAUACAGAUGCCCGGAAACCGAAGGAGUAAAACUCCCACCCUCAUUUA